AUGUUCAGAUCGGUGAGCAGCAGCAGAGUCUCCGAUGAUACCUACCAUAGCAUCUACAGUCAUUCGCCGACGUCAAAGGCGGUGUCACCGGCGCUCAGAGCAUUGGCUUUGGAAGCCAACGAAUUGCCGCAGUACGAAUCCUGUUCGCCAUUCUCCACACCCUCUAAGAAAGAUAAAUUAGGCCGUCUUCGAUUCUCGGAGAAAGCCGUUCAUCUUAUCCCUCUCGUCCUCCUCUUAUGCGCUCUCGUUCUCUGGUUUUUUUCAAAUCCAGACAUUCAUAUGCCGAUAAAUAAGGAAUUGAUUGAUACGAAAAUUAAAGGAAAAACUGUUGGACAAGAAGUUGCUACAACUCGAUUGGAAAAUUCACUCCAACGCAAGUACACAGAAGCUCAUAAACUAACCACAACUUUAGGAAGGCUUUAGUUGUAACAAAUUUUACAUUUUCUUUUUCAUUUAAUUUCAUUUAAUUAUUCAUUGUUUAUGUCUCGUUUAUAUUAGUUUGAUUGAAAGACGUGUUUUUCUUUUUUAAUAGCUUAC